UAUUUUUCUCUUCUUUUUUCGCCCGGUACAAACUCCAGGCUCUCUCCUGUCUUCCACUCACUUUCCAGCUCUCUCUCUUUCUCUCAGCAAUUUCAUCUCUCUCUCUCUUUCUCUUCCAAAUUAAUAGCUAAAAUCUUUGAGAGAUAUGGGUCGGCUUGCACCGCUAUCAGAGGAACCCAUCAACGCAGAAGACGAUAACACAAACAGCUCAAAGAAAGGCAGAGGUCAGACAUGGCGGAAUUGGAUCAAGACCCACUUCUCCCUUGUCUUCAACAAGAAAUCUGACCUCAAGAUCCUCUUAAGCGUUCUGGGUUGUCCUCUCUUUCCUGUUCCAGUCCACCCCAAACAACCCCUCAACGAGGUCUCCUCCUCAGCUCAAUAUAUCAUACAGCACUUCGCGGCGGCGACAGGCUGCCGGAAGCUAGAGGGGACAGUGAAGAACAUUUUUGCGACCGGAAAAGUGACAAUGGCCAUGGUGGAUGAUCUAGGCUCUGCUGGCUCAGCUGCAGGAGCAACCGGAGUUUCACAAAAAGGGUGCUUUGUAAUGUGGCAGAUGGUCCCUAAUAACUGGUUAAUUGAGCUAGUUGUGGGUUCUCACAAGGUUGUAGCAGGUAGUGAUGGUAGUGUGGCUUGGCGCCAUACACCAUGGCUUGGUGCUCAUGCUGCCAAAGGUGGUGUUCGACCUCUCCGACGAGCUUUUCAGGGACUAGAUCCUAUGGCUAUAUCAGCUGUAUUUUCUUUAGCCCAGUACAUGGGAGAGAAGCGAAUCUCAGGCAUUGAUUGUUUCGUGUUGAAAUUGUCUGCUGAUCAAACGGACCUGGCUGAACGUAGUGAUAGCACAGCAGAGAUGAUCAAGCAUGUUGUAUUUGGCUACUUCAGCCAAAGAAGUGGACUACUUGUUCACUUAGAGGACUCUUACUUAACCAGGAUUCAAUCCCCUGGUACGCACCCCACAUACUGGGAAACCACAAUGUCAACAAGAAUCGAUGACUAUCGGAUGGUGGAGGGCGUGAUGGUAAGCCACGCCGGCCAAUCAAGCGUGAUCAUCACACGAUUUGGCGAUAAUUUGAAGCCGCCGGGCCCCGCGAUCACACGGAUGGAGGAGACGUGGACCAUUGAUGAUCUUGCAUUCAACGUCCCUGGUCUCUCCAUCGAUUGCUUCAUUCCUCCUACAGAUGUACAAAAGGAUUUUCCCGAAGAGGAUCUUGUUUGGGGAUCACCUUCAGAUUGAUGAUCUUGAUUUUGAUAGUUGGUGCUAAUUACUUCUUGAAGAACUUCAUCUAUUUUGUUGACUUUGACCACAAUAGGUGACCCUUUAUAUAAUUUUUGUGUACAUAUGUUUUGUCAAUGCAAUUUAUCCUUGAGGAAUUAAUUGUUAUUGGAUAAUGUUUUGUAUACGAUACAUAUAUGUGACCUAUUUACUUAGAAUUGUUUCUAAAUAUUUGAUUUUGUCGUAUCGCCAA